UCUCUCUGCUCAUACAACAAACCGUUCCAUUCUUACCCUAAUCACAAAGUGAUAUAUACAUAGAGAAGAUUGAGAUGGGAAGACCACCAUGCUGUGACAAGAUUGGAGUGAAGAAAGGGCCAUGGACACCAGAGGAAGAUAUCAUCUUGGUUUCUUACAUCCAAGAACAUGGUCCUGGAAACUGGAGAUCUGUGCCUACUCAUACAGGUUUGAGGAGAUGUAGCAAAAGCUGUAGAUUGAGGUGGACUAAUUAUCUUCGACCUGGGAUUAAACGUGGAAAUUUCACCGAGCAUGAAGAGAAGAUGAUUCUCCAUCUUCAAGCUCUUUUGGGAAACAGGUGGGCAGCUAUAGCAUCAUACCUUCCAGAAAGGACAGACAAUGAUAUAAAGAACUAUUGGAACACUCAUUUGAAGAAAAAGCUUAAGAAGAUGAAUGAUUCUUGUGAUAGUACUAUCAACAAUGGCCUUGAUAAUAAAGACUUCUCUUCAUCAAACAAAAACACUACUUCACAUCAAAGCAACAACUCCAGCAAAGGUCAAUGGGAGAGAAGGCUUCAGACAGAUAUCAACAUGGCUAAACAAGCUCUUUGUGAUGCCUUGUCUCUUGAUAAACCACAAAACCCAUCUAAUUUCUCUAUUACCGAUCUUGGUUAUGGUCCAUCAUCUUCUUCUUCCUCUACCACCACCACCACCACCACAAGAAACACUAAUCCAUACCCAUCUGGGGUCUAUGCUUCAAGCGCAGAGAACAUCGCUCGUUUGCUUCAGAAUUUUAUGAAAGACACACCAAAGACCUCAGUGCCCUCGCCGGUUGCAGCCACCGGGAUGGCUAUCACCACGGCAGCUUCGAGCCCUAGCACAACCGAAGGAGACAGAGAAGGGGUUGACCAUUCUUUAUUCAGCUUCAACUCCAUGGAUGAAGCUGAAGAGAAGCCAAAACUAAUAGACAAUGACAUUAAUGGUCUAAUUACACAAGGCUCUCUUUCUUUGUUCGAGAAAUGGCUCUUUGAUGAGCAAAGCCACGAUAUGAUCAUUAAUAACAUGUCACUAGAGGGUCAAGAAGUGUUGUUCUAGAAAGCAAAAAAGUUUGACGAUUGGUUGAGGAACGACGAGGCUUAGUUAUAAACAAUUUGUAUAAUU